UGAAAAAGUAUUUGGAAGGUGAACAACCCCUUUAACCCAAGUGUGGGCUGCCCAUGUACAGCAGUAGGGGUCGCUGAAAAUGCAAACUGUAUAUAUUACACUUUCCCAAAGGAAAGACGGGGUUGCUGAUGGUGCCCCAACUUAUUGAGGCUACAUACUGUACCUGGAAUAAUCCACGCAAGUGUUUAGUGAAGGGGACGGUGCCAGGGGAAGGGCAGAGACUUCCAUAACAUAGGGAAAUGCUACAGUUGCACACAACAAAGGCAAAGAGGAAACAACUCGCUGAUUUGUGCUCCUAUUAUUGUUCUACAAAUUGCAACAGAAGUUUCCUUUCUCCUGUCAUUGCAUCAUUAUAGAGGAAAGAAACCAGAGAAGCUGCUUCCUCAUUGGCAGGGAGUCUUAUGGCUCCGCCCCCAGUCAUGCAUUUAUUCAGGUGUUGGCAAGUGCAGCCUCAGCAUCUCUCUGACAAGUCUCAGCAGCAUCGCCGGCUCCCAGCAACCAUGAGGCAGAGCAGCAGCCGGCACCCAGUAGAAGUGCAAGGGAUCGCACUCAUGCACCAUGGCAACCACAAGACGUACAUGUUCUCUGUGCUUUGGUCGGACCACAACAAGGUGCUCAUUUACAGAACCGUCGAAGAGUUUAAAAAAUUCCAGAAAGAGCUGAAGAGGAAAUUCCCAUUAGAAGCCGGAGCAAUGAAAAAAUCAGAAAGGACAAUCCCCAAGCUUAAAGAUGCUUUACAUGGCAGCUCCAAGAAAAAGGACUCCAGAAAGUACUUAGAGAGACUGCGACAGCUGGAAACCUACUGCCGGGCGUUGCUAAAGCUUGACGGCAAGAUCUCGCAGUGCCCCCUCGUGGUGCAGUUUUUUACCCUGCACAAUAAUGACUUGAAUCCAUCUUUCCCAGAAAACAGUCUGGUGAUAAUGCCUUCAGACAGCAAGGAAGAGAAGAGCAUCUGCCCGAGUCAGAAUUUUAAUGUCUCCGGACCCCUCGUCUCCUUGACUUAUCGCUGCACUGCUGACUUUGAAACGGUUGACCUGAAAAAUAAGCCAUUCACUGCAAAGCAACAUGAGUUGCUGGAUGUGUUAGUGAAAGAGAGCACAGGGUGGUGGCUGGUUGAGAAUGAAGAUCGGCAAAUUGCUUGGUUUCCAGCACCUUACUUGAAAGCCCACAGAAAUACUGAAGAUGUCUGCGGAAACCAAGAAUGUCAAGAUCAAGGAACCUUCUGUGUUGUACUGAAAGCCUAUGAGGCCCAGAACUCUGAUGAAAUGCCCGUUAGUAUUGGCGUCAUUGUGGAAGUUUUGGAAAAAUCUGACAAUGGCUGGUGGCUGAUCAGGUACAACAAGAGGUCAGGAUAUAUCCCAUCCAUCUACCUAAAGCCAUACAGAAAUCCUUGUGAGAAGUUCCAGAACAUUCUUGGCCGAGACAUGUACAUUUCUACUCCAAAUCUCUAUGAAAGGCAAUAUGAAAUCAAGAAGGAGGAUAGAGACCGGUCUCAGUCUGUCGGCGACGCAUCAGUCACAUCCAAUAACAGGUCUUCCGUGGCUUCCGAUCUGGAUAGUUCAAGUUCACCCUCAGUCUCGGACGGGGAGUCAUCAGCAGAUGGCUCUAACACCUCUCUGUCAGCCAUUGAGCCAGCUUUUUGUGCUCCUAAAAUUCCCGCAAGGCCAAAAGCAAAUGAAAUUUUCCAGAAUUGUAGCACCGUGACCAAACGCACUGUGCAAAAAAUUCUUGUGAGAACACAUCUCACUGAGGUUCUGGUGGAGAUUCAACUGGCAAGGGGCAAAUAAUUGUCUGUCUGACUAUAGAUCAUCUUGGCAAUAGAAUUUUGCUGAAGUGAAAUCGAUUGAGGAUCUCUGCGGUAAAUGCAAGGUCUAUUUAAUGCCCAUUGUUGGCAUGAAUCUAAGAAGCGGUAAAGCUUUAAAUGUAGUAGAAUUUUCUCUACCCUGAUGAUUACACCUGGCCAAUAACAGUGAUAUGACGUGGGGUUUCUAAAGGGCAUUAUAAUUAUGUAUCUAUAUAUAUUUAGUAGCAACCCACACACACACACACACUCUUGGGCCAGCAAUAUCAGAAAGGCUUUGGCCUUCUGGAGACAAUGGUGGUUGGUUUUGUGCCCAUCAAGAUAAGGAAAAACAUAAGGCAGAUGGAUGCCUAGAGUACCAUGGUAGGUUGGAGAGAAGAAAUAGUACUAUUUUAGGAACAGUUCUUCAUGACCCCAGGGAUAGGUAACUAGCUCCAUUGCAAAAUUACAACCAGUAACCAUAAAACAACUGGAAGGUGGUAUUUUUCACAUUUGUCUAAUGUCUGCCUGUCUCAUUUGGUGGUGCCCCUUACUAUGAGUAAUAGAAGAAAUCUAAAUGGGGUAGACUGUAUAGCUGGUGUUGCUUUGGGUGGCCGGGUCUUUCUACUGAUGACUAUGUACUUUGUAUCAAGGUAUUAUUAUUAUUAUUAUUUUUUAUAUAUACUGUAUAUUUUUUUUAAAUAUAUUCACAUUUAAGCACAUAUAUCUAACAAAUGCAUUAUUUUAUAUACCAGUGGCAUAAUUAAGCAAAUGGUAAUAAAAAAUUAUAGAAUCACUAAAGCCUAAGCCAUCAGCCCAGUAAGGAGAAAUCUGAUUGGCUGUGUGCAGUAUAAUUAUAAGCACCAAUAAAAUGGCAAGUGUAUGGUUUUUAGUAACAAUACAAUUAUUUAAUAGCUUUCAUUAAG